AUUACAUAGGAAAAUCCAGCUUAAGCUUAGCUAUUACAUAGAAUAGUGGACCCUUCUUAAUAUUUCAGUCAACAUUCUAAUUCAUCCGAGUAUGCUAUUGUGGUCAUCUUCUAGGUGCUACAAUGUUGGGUAUCAUCAAAAAAGAAAAUUGAGUAACAUUCAAGUUAACUGAGGACUUUUUCCCCAUUUUAAGAGUGAUAAAGCAGUUGAAAGCUAUAGUCAUUUACGUGAAGCUCGAAUAUUGUAGCUCAAACUUGUUUGCUAACACCAGCUAACUCAUUUAAACUGAUUUACAUUACUCUUUUAGCGUUAUGGUUUAUGUUAUGACACGUGUGUUUAGAGUUUUACGCUAUGUUCUUCAUUGUUUUAAAUUUGUGUUCUUCCGUCUUCAAAUUCUCAUGAUGGAAUUGUUCCUCUUCAUGCCUGUUGUGAAUUUAUAUCAAGCUUAUUUACAUAGCUACUAGUUGAGGUUUAACAGCUUUGCCACGAAAAGCAGCAGGCAUCCACAAUGAAGGCGCUUAUUCUUGUUGGUGGGUUUGGGACUCGGUUGAGGCCAUUGACCCUCAGUGUACCUAAACCACUUGUUGAAUUUGCCAACAAACCUAUGAUCCUGCAUCAGAUUGAGGCACUUAAGGAAAUUGGAGUGACUGAAGUGGUUUUGGCUAUUAACUACCAACCAGAGGUGAUGUUGAACUUCUUGAAGGAAUUCGAGGCUAAGCUAGGGAUCAAGAUCACAUGCUCUCAAGAGACUGAGCCACUCGGCACUGCUGGUCCUUUGGCUCUAGCAAGGGACAAAUUGAUUGAUGAUUCUGGUGAACCAUUUUUUGUUCUCAACAGUGAUGUCAUCAGCGAGUACCCACUCAAAGAAAUGAUACAGUUCCACAAAACCCAUGGAGGAGAGGCUUCAAUAAUGGUGACCAAGGUGGAUGAGCCAUCAAAAUAUGGUGUGGUGGUUAUGGAAGAAGCUACAGGAGAAGUAGAGAGAUUUGUGGAAAAACCCAAAAUAUUUGUUGGAAACAAAAUAAAUGCCGGAAUUUAUCUGUUGAAUCCAUCAGUUCUUGACCGAAUUGAACUGAGACCCACCUCAAUUGAGAAAGAGGUCUUCCCUAAAAUUGCAGCAGAUAAACAGCUCUAUGCAAUGGUCCUUCCAGGUUUCUGGAUGGACAUUGGACAGCCAAGAGAUUACAUUACUGGCCUGAGACUUUAUUUAGAUUCUUUGCGAAAGAAGUCCUCGUCUAGGUUAGCCACCGGCCCCCAUGUUGUGGGAAAUGUUUUGGUGGAUGAGACUGCCAAGAUUGGAGAGGGAUGUUUGAUUGGACCUGAUGUGGCAAUAGGUCCAGGCUGUGUUGUUGAGUCAGGAGUUAGACUUUCUCGCUGCACUGUGAUGCGUGGAGUUCGCAUCAAGAAGCAUGCCUGCAUAUCUAGCAGCAUUAUAGGGUGGCACUCCACUGUUGGCCAAUGGGCUCGUGUGGAAAACAUGACAAUCCUUGGAGAAGAUGUGCAUGUAUGCGAUGAAAUUUACAGCAAUGGGGGUGUGGUUUUACCUCACAAAGAGAUCAAAUCAAGCAUUUUGAAGCCAGAGAUAGUUAUGUGAGGGAAUGGGAUCCAGAUGGGGUGUACAAUAUGUUUAGUCAGAGAGAUGGUGAUGUAUUCGGUUCUUUUUCCUUGCCUUUUUCUCGUAUACGAGUGUAAAGGUCAGUGUGUGCUGGUUUGAAUGAUGGGAGUCAAGCUUCUGGAUGUCUCUGUUAUGGAGGGCACGAGUGUUGAUCUUGGUGUGAGAAAUGUGACUUAGCUAUGUAAAUAGAAAUAAAUUUUCUGUUUCUCAGGCGUUUCUGUAAUUUAUCAAUGGCAAAUUCAUUGUUUAAUCCUACCAUUUUAAUA